ACUCCAGUUUUGUCCACGAAAAAACCAGUGGAUUCCGACUUUGCCCUUCUCCUCUGCUCCACGAUCUUCCUCCUCCCCUUCCUCGCUCUCCUCUCCCCUCGGAGAUCGACGAGCGGGAUCGCCGGACCGAGAACUUGCGCUGUAGUUUGGUCCGUGGUCUCGCUUUGAGCUCCGAUUCGUCCUGCAAGAGUGUUAUUUUUCAUUUAGGGUUUUGUAGCGAGAUCUGAGCCGGAAUUUAGUGGCUUAGGAAGUGGUUGUUCGCAAUUCGGCCGGCGGUGUGGAGGAUCUUCGCUCGCUGAAAUGGCUUGAGAGAGAAAAUAAGAUGGCUUGAGAAGGGAAGGGUAGAACCAGCGGAAUAGACCGCAAUACGUUUUGGUAGACGGAUAUACUGGACAAUGGGAGGCCGCGAGACAGAUACCAAGGGGCCGAAGACAUCAGCUGCGCAGGAGCAGCCACCGGCCACAAGCGCCAGACCCAGCGUUUCAGUCUAUCCGGAAUGGUCUGGAUUUCAGGCAUACUCACCGAUGCUUCCACAUGGCUUCUUCCAUUCCCCCAUGGUAUCGAGUCCUCAGGCUCAUCCUUACAUGUGGGGAGCACAGCAAUUUAUGCCAACCUAUGGGACCCCACCUCCUCCAUAUGUUAUGUAUCCUCAUGGAGUAUAUCCACAUCCAUCUGUUCCACCAGUACAUCUUGGUUUGCACCCAUUUAGUCCUUAUGCAACGACUUUUUCAAAUGGUACUGCUGAAGCUUGUGGGAGUGUGCCUGCAAGCACAGGAGAUGCAAAAUCAUCUGAGGGUAAAGAAAGGAUUCCCAUUCAAAGAUCAAAGGGAAGUCUUGGAAGUUUGAAUAUGAUAACAGGAAAGAAGGACAAUGAGCUCGAUAAAACAUCAGGAGCAGCUAAUGGAGUGUUAGCACCAAGCAGUGACAGUGGAAAUGAAGAUUCAAGUGAAAGAAGUGAUGCUUACUCUCUGACUGACUCAGAACCAAAGACUGGUGUUGGACAAAGGCCUCCGGAUGAGACAUCCCAGAAUGGAACAAGUGGCAUAAUGACUGCACAGUCACACGCAACAUUACAUCAGACAAUGCAAAUAAUGCCUAUGCUAGCAGCUGGAGUACCUGGAGUGGUUUCUGGUCCCACUACAAACUUGAAUAUAGGGAUGGACUACUGGACUGCCCCAACGCCAUCUGCCAUUUCUCCAUUGCAUGGUAAGGUUUCUGCAACAGCAACCACAGGAUCUAUGGUUCCUGGUUCACUUGUUGAAGCCAGCGAAAGGGUUCCAUCAGAGAUUUGGCUACAGGAUGAAAGAGAACUGAAAAGGCAAAGAAGAAAGCAGUCAAACAGGGAAUCUGCACGUCGAUCAAGGUUGCGCAAGCAGGCAGAGUACGAAGAAUUGGCACAGCGUGUUGAGGUUCUAAAAGAGGAGAAUAGUGCCCUCAGAGCAGAAGUAGACCGAAUCAAGAAAGAAUAUGAUGGUCUUAUUGCUCAGAAUGGCUCUCUGCAGGAGAGAACUGGAGAACAAACUAAAGAAGAAGAAGACGCAAUAAUCAAGAAAUGCAACCAAUGCGCUGAAGACAACACCAAGAGGAACUUGGUUUCUGACCCACAAGCAGGGCAAUCAGAUGAUAAGCAGGGUGGUCAGUGAGAUUGCAACUGCUUUGUACCAUUUCCUCAAACCUAACCCUGACUAGACCUCGACAGUGUCCGAUGUUUUAGUAGACGGACAUACAAUUGAUGCAGUUGCUAAUUUAUGGUUCCAUGUUGUCUAUAUGGACAUCUCAUCAUGGCCGCUCACAUGAAAUGGUCUUGGCUGAUCUUUUAGCAGUCAAGCCAUGCAGCGUGUAUAGUGCUGGAAUCAAUUGGCUCUUCAUUUUGAGCAAGGAUAGGUACUUUCAUCCACACUAGAAGGAUAUGGGUAUUGUUACUGAUACGUGAUUGGAGUAUUGGAUAGCUAAAAGUGCUUUCCUAUAACAAUUAAGUUGUUUUAUGUAUUGUCCUUGUUGGACAAAACUAUGAAGCUUGUGUGUACGCUAUUCUUAGAUGUAAUGGACUUCUCCAAGAGUUUACUGCUCCCUUUUAUUGGGUCUUUAUAUGUAUGUGAAAGCCUUUUAA